AUGACGUUUGAAGACGUAUGCACAGCCUUCCUAACAACCAAAGCAGUAACAUUUAAUCCCUGCCCAGAGUCUUGGUACUUACAUGGACGUUCUUGCUAUGCUUUUGUCAGAGAUCUCAAAACUGACUGGAUUGAAGCGGGGGCGUUUUGUCAGAGGUUUUCUUCUCAUCUAGCAGAAAUCGAUACACAGGACGAAGAUAAUUUUCUGCGACACCAUAUAUCAUCAAGUCAUGAUACUUACUGGGUGGGUGCAACAGACGCGUUUGCAGAAGGCCAGUGGGUAUGGGUGACGAGACAGCGCCCGUUCACAUACGUAGGCUGGUCUCCAGGGGAACCAGUUAAUGGUGUUAGUGCAGCGUGCAUGACUCUGGCGGGAAAUUUAAACCAUCACUGGAACGAUGAUUAUUGCGAUAAAAAAUACAGCUUCAUAUGUGAAAAAGAAAUUGAACUUGCCAUGCACGGGGACUUGGUUGGAUGAAUUUUCCAUUAUGGUGCC